CACGAGCGAGUAAUAGCCGCUCAUGUCAAGAGCAGGUGAAGCAGAAAGUCGCGAUCGACGAUGUGCAACAGUAACAGUACGUGUUGAUUAUCAGUGCAUUUAAAAAAGAAGCUGUUUAUCUGAUUUGACCUAAUGACGAGUUGACAGGAAAGGGGUGAUCGGGUUAUGGUGCAAUGAUGGAAAAGCCCCAAAAGACACAGGAAGAGCAGCAGUCGUCCCCACAGAUGGCGGCACCUGAUGGGGGUUGGGGCUGGGUGGUGGUGGGGUCUUUUUUCGUGUCUUCUGCCCUGGUGUUCGGGCUCAUCCGCUGUCUGGGUGUCUUUUUUGUGGAGUUUGUGCAGUACUUUGGUGAGAGUGCCCAGGCAGUGUCCUGGAUAACAUCCAUUGGCUUGGCCAUGCAACAGCUAAUGAGUCCAAUAGGUGCAGCUGCAUCUAAUGUGUAUGGAACUCGUCCAGUAGUUAUGAUGGGAGGAUUCCUUUCAGGUCUGGGAUUCAUUCUGGCUUCCCAGGCAACGUCUCUUUUACAUCUUUACCUGACCAUGGGAUUAAUUUCAGGUUUAGGCUGGGCGCUGGUCUUCACCCCUACAGUUGCAUCAGUAAUGCAGUACUUUACCGUGCGGAGAUCUCUAGCCAUGGGCCUGGGCUUCACAGGCGUCGGUCUUGCCUCUUUCGCCUUCUCCCCACUUUUUCAGUAUCUAGUAGAGGUCUAUGCUUGGCGUGGAGCUUUGCUUGUCCUCGGAGGCCUCAGCUUCAACAUGAUUGCUUGUGGAGCUCUCAUUCGGCCUCUAUUGAAACCAAAGGUUGUGUUGAAGACUGAAAACUUGACCAAGCUCAACAAAUGUUCUUCUUUAUUGUCCCGUAUCUUCGAGAGCUUUGAGCUCUCCCUGCUUUCACACAGAGGCUUCCUCACUUAUGCCGUGGCCAUCACCUUCUUCAAUGCCGGCUACUUCAUCCCUUACAUUCAUCUGGUCGCCCACAGCCGUCACAUUGGUUUCACUGAGUACCAGGCAGCCUUUGUAAUCUCUGUAACCGGUGUGGUAGACAUCAUGGGUCGCGUAGCCUCCGGCUGGUUCUCAGACUUGGGUAAAAUACGGAUGCCGCACAUGCUGGUGGUGUGGACUGGGUUACUGGGGCUCUCACUGAUGCUCAUUCCUGUUGCUGUGGUUUACUCAGGACUUAUUGUUAUUAGUGUGGUCUAUGGGUUUUGCGCAGGAGCGAUGACACCGCUGGCCUUCGCGGUGGUACCGGAGAUCGUAGGCAUAGGUCGAGUGCUGGGAGCCCUUGGCCUGCUGCAGUUCAUAGAGAGUGUUGGAGGGCUGCUGGGAGCACCACUGUCUGGCUGGCUGAAGGACUGUACUGGGACAUACACAUUAUCUCUUAUUGCUGCUGGAAGUUUCCUAGUGUUAGGUAUGUUAGUUACAAUGACUCUUCCCUAUUUCUGGUCUUGUACGGCCCCUCCACCCCCAUCACCUUCAAAGAGGAAGUCUCAGGAUGGCUCCAUUGAAGAUGGACUACUCAAACAAACUCUAUCCUCAAAUUCUGUACCUGAGAGCCUGUGCCCUUUGGAUGAUACACCCUACUCGGAUAAGGAGUUAAAGGUCUGUUGGAAGAGUGAUGUUACAUGUCUAGUGCAAGAACGAAAUGAAAUACCACAGGAAAUGAUGCACCAUACUAAUUCAGGGGAAAUAUUAUGAUUGUGUGAUGUUAGAAAAUAAUUAGUGGUGGUCAUAGUAGUAGUUUUUAGAAGGAUAUAGACGAGAUAUAGGCAUCUAUUGGCAUUGGAAUCACAAAUCAUGUUGCACUUUUGGUUUUAUACCGCAUUUUGCAGUAAAACUUUUAGUGGGUAAUUUCAUAAGAAUAAGUUCAAUCCGAUGGAAAUUUCCAGUUAGCCUACCUUGUGUAACGUUCAAAACAAAUGUGGAUUAUUUAAUCAUUCCUUAUAUAAAUGCAAGGAGACACACGUUUUUGGACAUGCACCAUGAAAUUAGUGCAAUUCAAAAGUUGUAUAAUAGGUCAAUAGCAGCAUAAAUCUUUAUCAUGAUGUAAAUGCAAUAACGUAAUCAAGUUAUCAUUUAUCAAGACCAGCUUUUCUUUUUGAUUACAUCAUAAUGACAAUACAGUUGCCACAGUCAGACACCACAGCAGCAGCUAUAUAGUGUUAUUUUAGUAUCACUUAAUUAUAGUUUUUAUUAAUAUUUUGAAUUAGUUUUUUAUAUUUUCAGUAUUUACAGUAUUAUUUGUCAAUUUGUAAAUUCUCAUUCUAAAAAAGCCAUUAUUCUGGGCACAGUUCAUUUCCAAUCUUUAUAGUUAUACAGAUAAUUUAAGAGAUACUUUAUAAAUAGCUCAAGUAUUUUUCUGUUCUGAAAUCAGUAU